AGCGCUGGCAGGAGAUAACCAUUCUCAGCUCGCCUUUCCAGGGUUAUUUUUGGCUGGGGCUGUUCGCUGAUGGCAAAAGGUUUCAGCCCCCUCCCAAAUCCCUCCCCGUCCUUGUUCUAAAGAGAAACUGGUGCGUGUAGGCUGCGCACUCCCAGGGAGACAGGGAGAGGGGCCGGGAGCCGGAGAGGAACCCGGACUCUGCCCAAAGUCUCGCCGCCCGCCGGCUGUUUUCUGGCGGAGGGUGUGCCCCGGAGGGCGGCGAUCGCUGGGGAAGGCUGGGGCCAGGCGCGGGUGGAGGCGUCACCGGGGUCGGGCUAGCAGGCCCUGGAAUCCGGCUUUCGGGACACCCCGAAAGUGAGUCCAACUUGGGGAGAAACUGAGGGCACCUCGGGCGGUCUGGCAGCAGAGAAGGUGGGCGGGAGAAAACUUUAUAGGAAGGCAGAAGCAAUCUGUGCUGAGGGAGUCAGCGAGCGGCCGCGCGGAGAGGAGGGGCGGGCGGUCCCCAGCCGGGCGGGUGCAGGGCGCAGGGCGCCGACCUGCUGGAGAGGGGGCCCGGGCGCGAGGCGGAGUCCCGGCGCGCAGCCAGGCUGGUGGGGGCCCCCGGCAGGCUGCAGAUUCCCUCCGGCUCCGGGAGCCGCAGCAGGACCGGCCAGGAGGCGCCAUGGAGGGGAGCCCCAUCCCGGUGCUGACAGUGCCCACCGCGCCCUACGAGGACCAGCGGCCGGCUGGCGGCGGGGGUCUGCGGCGACCCACCGGCCUCUUCGAGGGCCAGCGCAACUACCUGCCCAACUUUAUCCAGAGCGUGCUGUCGUCCAUCGACCUGCGCGACCGUCAGGGCUGCACCAUGGUGGUGGGCAGCGACGGCAGGUACUUUAGCAGGACGGCCAUCGAGAUCGUGGUGCAGAUGGCCGCGGCCAACGGGAUUGGACGACUGAUUAUUGGACAGAAUGGCAUCUUGUCGACACCUGCGGUCUCCUGCAUUAUCAGGAAGAUCAAGGCAGCUGGUGGAAUCAUUCUAACAGCCAGCCACUGCCCUGGAGGACCAGGGGGAGAGUUUGGAGUGAAGUUUAAUGUUGCCAAUGGAGGUCCUGCACCCGAUGUUGUCUCAGACAAAAUCUACCAAAUCAGCAAAACGAUUGAGGAAUAUGCUAUAUGUCCUGAUCUCCGAAUCGACCUAUCUCGACUAGGAAGACAAGAAUUUGACCUAGAGAACAAAUUCAAACCAUUCAGAGUGGAGAUAGUGGACCCAGUGGAUAUCUAUCUUAACCUCCUUCGGACCAUCUUUGACUUUCAUGCCAUCAAGAGUUUGCUGACUGGGCCCAGCCAACUGAAGAUUCGCGUUGACGCAAUGCAUGGAGUUAUGGGACCUUAUGUGAGAAAAGUUCUGUGUGAUGAGCUGGGGGCCCCAGCCAAUUCUGCAAUAAACUGUGUUCCCCUGGAAGACUUUGGAGGGCAGCACCCCGACCCAAACCUGACCUAUGCAACGACUCUUCUGGAAGCAAUGAAAGGAGGAGAAUAUGGAUUUGGAGCUGCAUUUGAUGCUGAUGGGGACCGUUAUAUGAUCCUAGGCCAAAAUGGCUUCUUUGUGAGCCCUUCUGACUCCCUGGCCAUCAUUGCUGCCAACCUCUCUUGCAUUCCAUAUUUCCGUCAGAUGGGGGUCCGCGGGUUUGGGAGGAGUAUGCCAACCAGCAUGGCCCUGGACAGAGUGGCCAAAUCAAUGAAGGUCCCUGUAUAUGAGACCCCAGCUGGAUGGAGAUUCUUCUCGAAUCUGAUGGACUCAGGACGGUGCAAUCUGUGUGGAGAAGAGAGCUUUGGCACUGGCUCUGACCACCUCCGAGAGAAGGAUGGCCUGUGGGCUGUCUUGGUCUGGCUCUCCAUUAUUGCUGCCCGGAAGCAGAGUGUGGAGGAAAUUGUCCGAGAUCACUGGGCCAAAUUUGGCCGCCACUACUAUUGCAGGUUUGACUAUGAGGGGUUGGAUCCCAAGACGACAUAUUAUAUCAUGAGGGACUUGGAGGCCCUGGUCACAGACAAAUCCUUCAUUGGCCAGCAGUUUGCUGUGGGGAGCCAUGUCUACAGUGUGGCGAAGACGGAUAGCUUUGAAUACGUGGACCCUGUGGAUGGCACUGUGACCAAGAAACAGGGCCUAAGGAUCAUUUUCUCGGAUGCGUCACGCCUCAUCUUCCGGCUCAGUUCCUCCAGUGGUGUGCGGGCCACCCUCAGACUCUACGCAGAGAGCUACGAGAGGGACCCCAGCGGCCAUGACCAGGAGCCACAGGCAGUGCUGAGCCCUCUCAUAGCCAUCGCACUGAAAAUAUCCCAGAUUCAUGAGAGAACUGGCCGGAGGGGACCCACUGUCAUCACCUGAAUAGAGGAAAGAUCACUCACCAGGGCCAAAGAGAGUGCUCAGCGGGAGAUGCUUCACUGAUGCUUUCUUGCUACCUGUUUGUGCCUCUUAUGACUUUGGAAAAACAAAAGAUAUUUUGCUUUUGGGGGAUAGAGGGUGGGUGGGAAAAGAAAAAAAAUCCGCUUGGUUUUGGUUUUGUCCUAUUCCUCCAAAUGCAGCAGGGCCUUUAGUUGUCUGUUAAAGCUGCACUAUAAUUUGGUAUCUACAUUUUAUCACACAAAGGAACCUCCCCUUUUGACAACGACUGGCCUAGGCAGCUGUUAAUCACAACAUUUGUGCAUCACUGGUGCCAAGUGAGAGAAUGUUCUAAAAUCACAAGAGAGAACAGUGCCAGAAUGAAACUGACCCUAAGUCCCAGGUGCCCCUGGGCAGGCAGAAGGAGACCCUCCCAGCAUGGAGGAGGGUUUAGCUUUUCAUCCUAGGUCAGGUCUACAAUGGGGGAAGGUUUUAUUAUAGAACUCCCAACAGCCCACCUCACCCCUGCCACCCACCUGAUGGCCCUGCCUCCCCCAUCCCAUCCCCAACAUCCCUGUACCACCUUCUCUCACAUCUUCUAAAGCUUUCUACAAAUCACAAUGGCGCACUUCCAACAAAAUAUAUCAAUAGGUGUUUUCCUCUCUUAUUUUGUAAAUAAUAUUAUUUUAGCUAUUAAGCUGGAUACCUUCUUUCAAAUUCAGCCAUUCAGUUGUAAAGCUGGGAAGAAGUUUCUUGACAAGACUCUGCAAUUAAAUGCUUAAAAUUUGGGGAGAUCCUUCCUUAAUUACAUCAAGUAUGUUGGUACAUGGGUUUAUACAAGUUCCUCUUGAGAAGACAAAAAGACCACCAUGUGUGAGAGCUCUUUGACUUUGCCAAUAGGGGCCUAUCUUAAUGCACUUGUUUGGACACAGUUCUGAUCUUAUUUGUAAUGCCCGCAAAAGGAGAGGAUGAAAUGCUGUAAAAGUAGGAAAUGAAGUGGAAGCUGGAAGAAAAUGUAAUUGGUGGUACAGCUAUGGGCCGGAUGGUGGAGGGGAGGGUGGGGACCCCUGCCGGCAAGCAGAGUGUCACAGCUGGCUUUCCUCACUUGGGAAAAGGGUACUGCCGGUCUAGCAGCCUCCUCUGUACUCAGCCAGGACACCCGGCACGUGGGACCUGUUUGCGUCUGUUUUGCUUCCUUGGGAACGGCACAGUCACUCACCCUGCCAUUUGCGGAAAUGACCUGGUGCACUUUGACUGUUAAGCAAUGCGUUAUUGCUGUAGUCAAGGUUAGUGCAAGCAAGGAAACAUUCCCAGUAAGGUAUUUGUUUCCAUUUUCUAUCUGUGCUUCUGUCAGAAACUUGCUAGGAUAUUUAGUGGCCAAUAAAAAAGGAAUUCCUAAUUUCAACCUUUUCCAA